GAAGAACUUCUCUUAUGGUAAAAGGACAACAUGUUCAAUUUUGAUAUGUUUUGUCGCGAUUUCCGUCAGUUGCGGCUAUGUGAAUUAUUUUAUGAUCGAAAUAAAUAGAAAAUGUAAAUCUUCAGGCCUUGUUUAUGCGGUUAUGGCGAGUGGGUAUGCAUCGUUCACGGCAUUAUAUAACUUCAAACCUGAGCAUUUUGGCGAGAUAGAAUUAAGGGUUGGAGACAUUGUUCUCGUUAAGAGACCAUUUAACAUUGUGGACUGGAUAGAAGGGGAGAAUCAACGAACUAAACAGCGUGGACAGAUUCCUGGCAAUUAUUUGAAAGAGCUAGUAGAAUUUCCUGAAUCUCUAACUCACAAUGAACAUGGAUUACAAAAAAUUACUCGCUCAGCUCCUGUUUGCUGUGGUUAUUGUUUAGAUUACAUCUGGGGAAAACACAAGUUACUUUAUCAAUGUCUCACAUGCAGUAAAUCAUUCCACUUAUUGUGUGCUAAGGACAGUGAUAAAUGUCCGGGAAUUCAAAAAAGUAAUGAGGAUGAAAGUCCCUAUGAUACGUUAGCUAAGGGCCCAGAUGAAUGGUCUGUUGAAGAUGUUAUAUUCUGGAUGGCUGCAAGUAAUCUGUUUCAAUAUGCACACCUGUUUUUGUCGCACAAGAUCAGUGGCAGAAUAUUGUUGGCUUUAGAUGCUGGCAAGCUAGAAGGUUUAGGAAUUCAUGAUGAAUUUCACAUCAAGAUGAUUUUGACAUGUAUUGAUGGGUUAAUUGGCAAUUCUGAAACUAGGAGAGCUCGAAAAUAUCCUGGUAUGAAAAUUGGUAAAAAAGGUUCAAUUGACACCCAUUCAUUUGUAGUGCAGACAUUCACAGCAAUUACAUGGUGCCACGAAUGUGGACAGGUUUUAUUUGGUCUUGUGAGACAAGGUCUCCAGUGUACAAAAUGUGAGUUAGUUAUUCAUCGAAAGUGCACACAUUAUAGAAUUUUACGUGUUUGUAUGGAAAAACCUCCAACAGGAUCAUCGAAUCCCGUAUACAUUCCGUUACCGCAAGAUAAUGGAGUCCCAACUGUUGUUAAAAAGUGUAUUGGCGCUGUUGAAAGUAGAGGCCUCAAUAUAAGAAAUAUCUAUAAAAGGGAACCCGAAGAUUGGGGAUCGAAAUAUGCUCUAAGAGAGGCACUGUAUAAAGACGAGGAGGAUGUUGACAUGAAAGCUGAAGAAUGGAUUGAUCCUUUAUUUCCAUCAGCUGUUUUGUUGGGUUACCUUAAUGAACUUCCUGAUUCUCUCUUACCUUCCGACAUGUACGAGAAAUUUAUAGAGUUUGCAGAAUCGCCAAAUGGAAAUAAUUCUGGCGUGUUGGAUGCUUUACCGCCUGCGAAUGGAGAGAUUUUAAAUCUUAUCUUAGCUCAUUUGAAUCAGGUGAUUAUGGCAGACAACGGAAUAUCAGAAGUAGCCAUUGGAGAAAUAUUUGGUUCGUUAAUAUUGAGACCACGACAUGAAAAUCUAACAUUAAUGGCGAAACAUUUGGGUGCCCACACAAGGAUUAUCAUAAAAUUAUUGACAGCUUUAAGGAAUACAAGUAAUGAAGCUGACAGUGAGCUUGAGGAAAAUGAUGUUUUGCCAAUACCACCUGUACCACCCCGACCUCACGCUGCUAAGGGAGUUGUACAGGAGAUCGAAAAAGUCGAGUGGUACUGGGGAGAGCUUAAAGGGGAGAAAGAGAGCGAAAAAUUGGCUGGUUGUAGAGACGGGAGUUUUCUUGUGCGGAAUAGUCGGCGAAUCCAAGAUAGUUACGUCUUGAUACUGAAGAAAGAUGGAGGAAAUAGGCAGAUUCGCAUCGAACAAAAACACGGCAAAUUUGGUUUUGCCGAACCUUGUGAAUAUAACUCAGUCCCAGAACUGAUUGAAUUCUAUCGCACGCAUUCGCUCAAAGAGUAUAGUUCAGCAUUGGAUAUCAUGUUAUUGUAUCCAGUUUGUCGCGAGGAAGUAGCCUCUCUUGAAGAAGCGAUAUCUGCGCAAAAGGAGUUAAUUUCUUUCCUUGAAGAACAGGUCAAAAUACACAUUAAUUUUAGAAGAGAAGCUCCAUCUGGUGAACGAGCAAGUUUGGACGUCAAUUAUCAACUUCUCGCUGAACGACUUGGCCAACAACAAGAUGGACUGAAUACUUUGGAACACGAGUGUUUAGAGAAAUCAGAAAAACGUCGGCAGAUAGAGAAAGAAAUGAAUAGAAUAAAACCAGAUCUUUGGGAACUUCAGCAUAAAAAAGAGAAAUAUAUGCUGUUUUUAGAAGAGAAAGAUAUGAAGAGGGAAGAAGUGGAACUUUUAGCUGGAAACACGGACUUCAAGAUUUAUGAGUUCCCAAUGACUGAAGAAGAAGCGUCAGUAAAUCUUUCUCCCGAAUAUUGGCUAUUUGGCGUCUUAGACCGGGAUACAGUCAAAAGUUAUUUACACGAAACUCCAGACGGUACUUUCUUGGUCCGAGAGAGUAAAAACCGUGGAAUGAAAGCCGUGUCGAUUAUGUUCAAUAAUGCAAUCAAGCAUUUUUGUAUCGAAGAAAGUCCUGAAGGAUUUGGUUUUGCUGAGGGUUUUAACAAUCACCCAACAAUACAAAGCCUUGUCGAAUAUUACCAUCGUGUAUCCCUUCAGAUACACAACAGUGGCCUUGCAACAACCUUACGUAUGCCCGUUCGUCGUUGUAAACCAAAUAUCCCCCCCUGGAAUAAAUAUGCGCGGUAAUAGAAUAAUCACAUUAUAGUAUUUUAGCAAUACUAAAUCUUUCAUUGUUUAUACACCGAUUCAUAGGGUUUUCAUAAGUUGGUAGAAAAUAUGUUGUGGAAAUUCAUGUUUUACAUAGAUUUAAAAAAGCUAUGAUUUUAAGGCAAAUGGUCGUCAGGGAUGCUUUCCACUUGCGCGUUUUUCAUACGCACGUACGUGCAAGUCCAAAUCCUUAUAUAUGUUAUCCUUAAAACUAAGUGUAUAAAUCGAACGAAAUUAGUUUUCUACAUAUUUUAAUAUGGAUUUGUUUACCUAGAUGUUACAUAAUAAAAAUUUAGAAGCAUUUGAAUUUUUGCUUUGGUGUACGUGCGUAUAAGAAAAGCGGUUAACUGAAAAGCAGCCUUAAAAGUCAUUAUAUGCGACCUAAAUUGAUUUUGAAUCAAAAUGAAGUCCUGGCAGUAAGUUCUGGUUCUCGUGACGCAUGCGCGAAUGAAAACCAAAAUUUUAUCAGAAUGAUCAGAUCAAAGCGAUAAAGCAUUAAGUGUGCGUCAUUGUAAACCAGGCGUUGUGGACUUGUUGAACAAUAUUUGAAUCAACCGAUAGUUUAUAUAUAAAACACUAAUCAUGAUUUUAAACUUAUUUCCCAUGGUCGAAUCAUGGCAAUAGG